CCUCUACCUGCCUGCCAGGGGGCGUUAGCCUGGGGAAGUGUCUGGGAUGUCGCAGAAAAACAAGCUCAACUUCGUGGCUGAAGCUCAGAUCUGGAAGGAUCAUAUUGAAACAGAACGUGAAGCUGCAAGGAGAUGGCCCAAGCAAUGGGGUUUUCUGUUAACCCCAGUUGAAGAGUUGAUGAAAGAUGAGAAGAAACAACCUGCUAAGCCUAAGAUCCCGCUUCCAGAACACUUACAAAUCCGACCUGUGACACCGGUGGAAAAAUAUAUUAAGAUCCAUCCAUCACCACCUGUUCCUCAAACAACCCAAGGGUUUAUCGGCUGGAGAUCAACUGUACCAGGGCUAGAACUAGAACGUUAUUAUCAGAUCAGGAGCUGCAAAGGGGCCUUUUACAAGGAUCUGCAAUGGCCAAACGAACCUACCGAUUGA